AUGUUGGGACAAACUGUCCUGACGCUACGGAUAGGAUCUGCAGCCACAAAACCUCUUCAAGCAGUCAGGAACACAUGGAUCCUGAGAAGGGUGUUCGCGCCGGAGCCUACACCUCCUGGGAAGGUGCAACGCAAUCCGGAGGAGUUACCUAACCUUAUGAAACUUGAGACGGUAGACUACGAAACACUGAAGCCCGCUGGACCACUGAAGGUCAUUUUACUGCAAGAUAUAGAAGGAGUGGGGCACCAAUUCGAUGUAGUUAAUGUGGAUAGAAGGCUAGCCCGAUCUGAUCUACUUCUCACAAGAAAAGCAGUGUAUGCAUCUCCCUUCGAUCUGGAGUACUAUGCAAAAGUCAAGGAGAAGAUGGCAGAUGAACUAUCAAAGCGAGUGCGAAUUCCUUAUGAAUAUAUUUGUAUCGGUCGAGAUCUACAGGCAUUGGUAGUCCCAAUUAAGGUUAGCAUGGAAAACAAAUGGACUAUAGAUAAAAACAUCAUAAAAACUUCACUAAGGCAAACGGGCGUAGGUAUGCUGGAUGAUGCAAUAUUUCUUGGAGAUGAACCUAUCAGCGGCCCCAACUUCGAAAUUGAAGCUCGGUUGAUUCGAUUCUACGUAGUGGUCUCGAAACAGUACAUCGUUCCAAUGCUAGGGAGGAUUACACACAUUUCAGCAGACGAGUCAAAACAGAUACUGGUCCCAGAGAGCAAUCGCACUCCAACGGCAGCACAACUAGCCCGAUUUGGUAUUAAGGAAGAACAACCUCAUUACAGUACCACACCUGAAAUAGACGAACAUUUCCCAGUAGUUGAUUUUAUGAGGCGAAAAUUGCGGUAG